UUUGAUUUAUUGAAAAUGACAGACUAUGUUAUCAAGUUAAACUCAGUGUUGAACUUGCCCAAUUUAGCAAGAAGCAAACACACAUUACCCAAGUUACCGUAUGCCUAUGAUGCUUUACAGCCCAUCAUUUCAAAGGAGAUUAUGGAAUUGCAUCACACAAAACACCACGCAACUUAUAUUGCCAAUUUCAAUAUUGCUGAAGAACAACUUCAAGAAGCUAUAUCAAAAAAUGAUACUACAAAGAUAAUCCAGUUGCAACCUGCACUAAGGUUUAAUGGUGGUGGUCAUUUAAAUCAUUCCAUUUUCUGGCAAAAUCUUUCUCCAAGCGGUGGAAAACCCAGUGCGGACUUCACCAAGGCAAUUAAUGAGGCUUUUGGUUCUUUCGAUGCUUUCAAGACCAAGUUAGCCACACAGACAACUGCAAUCCAAGGUUCUGGAUGGGGUUGGUUAGGAUACAAUCCUGGGAACUCUCGACUUGAGCUUGCGGCCUGUGCAAACCAAGAUCCCCUCCAAGGCACUACAGGUAAGUGUAUGUUGGUUGUACAUUAAUACAAGGUUGUAGAU